CCCUUCCCCCGGCUUCCACCUCCCCCGGGUGCACGGCCACCAUGGCGUCCAGCGAGGAGGACGGCACCAACGGCGGCGCCUCGGAGGCCGGCGAGGAGAAGGAGGCCCCCGGCAGGCGGAGGCGCCUCGGCUUGUUGGCCACCGUCUGGCUCACCUUCUACAACAUCGCCAUGACCGCGGGGUGGUUGGUUCUAGCUAUUGCCAUGGUACGUUUUUAUAUGGAAAAAGGAACACACAAAGGUUUAUAUAAAAGUAUUCAGAAGACACUUAAAUUUUUCCAGACAUUUGCCUUGCUUGAGAUAGUCCACUGUUUAAUUGGGAUUGUACCUACUUCUGUGAUUGUGGCUGGGGUCCAAGUGAGCUCAAGAAUCUUUAUGGUGUGGCUCAUUACUCACAGUAUAAAACCAAUCCAGAAUGAGGAGAGCGUGGUGCUUUUUCUGGUCGCGUGGACUGUGACAGAGAUCACUCGCUAUUCCUUCUACACAUUCAGUCUUCUCGACCACUUGCCAUACUUCAUUAAAUGGGCCAGAUACAAUUUUUUUAUCAUCUUAUAUCCUGUCGGGGUUGUUGGUGAACUCCUUACAAUAUAUGCUGCCUUACCAUAUGUGAAGAAGACAGGAAUGUUUUCGAUAAGACUUCCUAAUAAAUACAAUGUCUCCUUUGACUACUACUAUUUUCUUCUUAUAACCAUGGCCUCAUAUAUACCAUUGUUCCCACAACUCUACUUUCAUAUGUUACGCCAAAGAAGAAAGGUGCUUCAUGGAGAAGUGAUUGUAGAAAAGGAUGAUUAAAUGAUCCCCCUGAACAAGGUGCUUUUUCCAGAAUAACCAGGAUUACUUGAAUCCAAGUUUUAAUAACAAGAAUAAACAACUUUAUGAAAUAUU